GAUUAAAACUGAGUCUGGCGCAAGUCUAGGAAGUUUUUUUGUACUUUUUUUUUUAACAUUUUAUUUUUUUUUAGAUUAAACUAAUCACCAAAGAGAACUUUUUAAUAACGGGGACCAAUACAUUACAACAUGAAGAGCCUCAAGUAUCGAUUGAAAAAGCACGAAGUGACCAUCACAAACACAGACUGGAACAAGUAUGAUGACCGGCUAAUGAAGGCAGUGGAACGAGGUGAGGUGGACAAGGUGGCUGCUGUUCUCAGCAAGAAAGGCAUCAUCCCCACCAAGCUCGAUGUCGAAGGUCGCUCUGCGUUUCAUUUGGCUGCAACACGAGGACAUCUCGACUGUCUCAACCUCAUCCUGGGACACAACGUUGAUAUCACUGCCACUGACGCCACUGGUAAAAAUGCUCUUCACCUGGCUUCAAGAAACGGACAUUCUCUGUGUGUGCAGAAACUGUUGCAGCAUAACUGUCCAAUUGGAAAUGUGGACCUCCAAGGAAGAACUGCUUUGCAUGAUGCUGUCAUGGCGGGUUGCUCUUCCAGUGUCAAACUUCUCUGCGACAGCGGUGCUUCUGUGAAUGCCAGUGAUUUUGAUGGAAGGACACCUCUAGUGCUGGCAACCCAGAUGUGUCACCCACGCAUUUGUCAGCUGCUGCUGGAGCGAGGGGCUGAUAUUACUGUCCGUGAUAAACAAAACAAGACGGCGCUCAUUCUCGGCUGCGAGUACAGCUGUAAGGAUGCAGUGGAGGUGCUGUUAAAGAGUGGCGCUGAUGUCAAGGCUGUCGACAGCUUCGGUCAUGAUCCGUUUCACUAUGCCCGCCUCAGCAAGAACCAGGAGCUGCUUGCGAUGGUCAAAAGCUACGCUGACAAAGCCAGCAGAGAAAAAGAAGCUGCCAAAAUUGAGCAGUGGAAACGACAGCAUUCGGUGGAGAGGUCGGAGGCAGCUGAGAUGAUCAGACGGGAUCAGAUCAUACAUGACUUGGAGAGGCAGAACGAGACCCUGCAGGAGAGUCUGAGGAAGUCCCACCAAGAGCAGAGGGGUCUUCUGGAUAAGGUCAACAUGCUCCAACAGCAGCUCUCACAGGAAAAGAUGACUGUGGAAGAUACUCAAAAAGAGAAGGAGCAGUUAAAGGUCUUACUCAGUGCCAAAGAAAGAGAAGAAGGAGCCCGAGGUCUGGAGACUGUCAAGGUCCAGCUCAGGAGCACGUUGGGGGAAUAUUCUGGACAAUCUGUUAUCAAAGGUAAAGAGAACAUUUUGGUCAAACAAGCUCACAGUUUGGAUUCUGAUCAGAUACUCCACAAUUCCACAAUAUCACUGUCCAAACCUAUAGAAAAAAGCCAGACCGCCGUUGGCCGGGACCUCGCUGAGGAGGUGGAAGCACUCCGACAUGAGCUAGAGAUGGUCAAGAGAAGACAACAGGCAGCAGACGAAGAGACCGCACGGCUUCAAUCUGCCCUGAACCGUAAAAACCGGGAAUGCCAAGAACUGGUUCAGAGUCGGGACACCAUCCAGAAACAAGCAGAUCAGCAGGUUCAAGAGCUGGAGGACGCCUUAGGGGAUGUCCAGAAAAGGAUGCUGGAUUCUGAGUGCAAGGUCAAGCAGCUGCAAGCCCAUGUGGUUGCUGUUAAGGAGCACUUGGGAGGACAGGUGACGGAAGAACUGCGUGCACAGCUCCAGGAUGUAAAGGCCAAGUAUGAAGGUGCUUCCGCUGAAGUGGGUCGGGUUCGUAACCGCCUCAAACAAAGUGAGAAAGCUUUGGAGGAAUACAAAUCCAGUGAGAGUCAGUUGGCGGCUGAGGCAGAACGACUGAACCAGGAGAUGAGUGUCCUGACAGCAGAAAGGGAUGAGCUAGCAGAGACUCUCCUAGAGAUGGAAACCCAACUGAAAGAAGCUCAGACUAAACACGGGAACACGGUACCGGCCGAGAAGUUUGACAACAUGAAAAACCUAUUGACUAACGCAGUCGACGAGAAGGAACGGCAGUUGGCCGAACUCAGAGAAGACUACGACCGUGUGCUGGAGGAAGUGGCAGAGCUCCACCGAAAGUUAGAUGGCCCGUCAUCACAGAAAGGACAGGGCUCUUCUGAGGAAGAACAACAGAUAAGGGCCGCGCUCGAAGAGCAAAACGCCUCGCUGAAAAGGAAACUGGUGGACGUGACUGCCAAAAGCCAAGCUCUCAUCCAAGAGGUCGAGGAGAGCGAGGAAGAAAGGGAUUUACUACGAGAACAGCUGGAGGAGCUCAACAGCAGGAUUGAGAUUGACUUUCUACCUGUAAAAGUUCACGAGGACACCAGGAGGAACAUGGUGCAGGCUUUGGAGGAGCUGGAGGACAAACUGGUGGAAGCCAGUGAACGUUACGGGAAAGCAGAGGCCCAAGUUCAGCACCUGCAAACCCAGAGAGCUACGCUGCAGGACACCAUCAGCAGCUUCCAAAGUACCAGUGAGCAACACCAGAAGGAAAUGGACGCUCUAAAGUCUGAGAAUACUGAUUUGAUAAAGAAACUUGAAUUCUUGCAGAAAAGAUGUGAAGAGCGAGAUCAAGAGUGUGUACAACUGACGACGCAGAGCCAGACUCUGAAACAGAGCUUGGAAGGAGAGUAUGUGCCCAGACAGCAGUAUGAGAAAGUGAAGAUGGAGUUAACAUCGACUUUAGAGAGCCUUAAGGCCGAGAUGUUUGAGUUGGAGGCCAAGAAAAAAGAAAGUGGGGAAGAAUUGAAGAAUGUGAAAGAAGGAAAUGACAAGUUGAAAGAAAAGUUGGAAAAUGUUCUGUUGGAGAUGAAGAAUGACUACAUAGGGGUUAACGAGCAUAAAGCCAUUACAGACACGUUGAACACUGCUGUGGUUGAGGCAGAGAAUAGAGCAAACCAAAUGUCAGCAAUGUACGCCUCAGCCCAGGAGGAAACGUCAAAGCUUACCCAGGAACUGGAGGCCCAGAAAGCAGAACUGGAUACCAUACAGGAGGCUAUUCAGUCCAAGUUUAUCCCUUUGACAGUGGCACAGGAGAAAGAACUCUCCUAUAGUGCCCAGCUUAAGGAGCUGACAGAAAAAUUGUUGGAAAUGGAAGAGCUGUAUAAAAAAGAAAGGUCCUCUGGAGAAAGCACCAAGCUGGAGAAGGAGAAACUUAAAGCAGAGAUUGAAUCUGUUCAUCAGAGGCUCGACUCUGCUCUAGUAAGUGGUGAAAAGCACAAGGAGGUGGAAGAGGAGUUCAAGGGUAAACAUGAGGAGUUGAAUCUGAAACUGGUCAAUUUAGAGCAGCAGCAUGCAGAGCUGACCCUUCAGAAGGCCGAGCUUCAAGACCAGAACGCCCUGUGCAACACCCAAAUCCAGAAUCUACAGGAGCGUCUGAAAUCAGAGUUGACUCGGAUAGCAACGUACGACACGGAGCUCAAAGCCCUCCAUGAAGCCAUGCAGCAGGCUCAGGCUGACUGUAAGAAAGCGCGAGUAGCUCAACAGGAGGAGGCCCAGAGGGUUUGUACCCUGCAGAAAGACCUGCAGGAACGCAGAGGGCAGCACACGUCUCUGCUGCAACAACACGUCGAUGCCAACGAAGCCCUUGAGGCUGAAGUCGCUCGUCUUCGAUUGGCACUCCAGGAGGAGGAGGAGAACAACGCCCAAAGGGCCGAGGACAUAUCCACCCUGCAAUCGGAGCUCCUGCAAGCCACACAAGCACUGGAGGAGCUCCGCCACAAGGAAGACCAAAUGAACCAGCUGAACAAGGAGAAGCAGCAGCUGGAGGAGGAGGCUGCCGGCCUGAGCAACAAGCUGUUGACUUUAUCAGAGGAGUGUGAAGAGGCUCAUCAGGCGGCAGCACAAGCAAAGGAGGCCGAGAGCAAGGCCAGGACGGAGAUGGAUGCGGUCCAGGAGAAGGGACGGGCCAUCGAGAGGGAGGUUAGGGAGCUGAAGGAACGCUACGACGAGUCACUGAGCACAAUCGGUGAUCUUCAAAGGAGGAUUCAGACGUCAGCUCAGCAGACGGAGGCCAAAGACAAGAAGAUUACAGAGUUGCUGACAGACGUUGAGCGGUUGAAGCAGGCGCUGAAUGGUCUGUCUCAGCUGGCUUACACGAGCAAUGCACCCAAUAAGAGACAGACGCAGCACAUCGACACACUCCAAGCCCAGAUCAAGAGCCUCCAGCAGCAGCUGGCUGAUGCUGAGAGGCAACACAGGGAGGUGGUUUCCAUUUAUCGAACUCAUCUCCUCAGUGCAGCGCAGGGUCACAUGGAUGAGGACGUCCAAGCUGCCUUACUCCAGAUCAUCCGCAUGAGACAGGAGUUUGUGUGUUAAAGCGUCCUGGAACCAAACACAGUCCCACCUGCAGACUCCAGUUCACCAUAUUCACAUCUGCUGCUGAUGAGGAUUCCUGCUGAGACCCCUGUGGAUGCCACGUUUGUGUGUGUGUGUGUGUGUGUGUGUGUGUGUGUGUGUGUGUGUGUGUGUGUGCUGUUUACACCUCAGAUUCCAAAUCCUACUCUCUAUAGUUUUAUGGUUAUAGAUCAGGGCUCUCAAACAUGCGUCUCGGGGGCCAAAUGCAGCCUGCCAAAGGUUCCAAUCUGGCACGUGGGAUGUUUUUACAAAGUCAAAAAUUCCACAGUCUAGAAUUGAAUUAA